CGGUCAACGCAGGCUACAGUUUCUAAUAAGUUGUUGUAGCCUGUGCGUGCCGGGUGGAUCGCAACGUUUUUCAAUACCCUUGUGGACCUACACAUACAUAGGCAUUUAACAACGGUCAAUGGAUAAUCAAACGGAGAUCGCUAAGUGCGACUCGUCAGUGAUCUCACAGACUGUGACAACAUCUUUAAUUACUUCUAAAGUAGAAAUUAACUUAGGUCUUGCGUCUAAUCAAACAGAUAGACCUAAAUCCAUAGUACUCCCUUUGGAAGUCAAAUCAGACAGCCCAUCAGAACACCUCAAGGCUGUGCAACAUGAGGUGAAUGCGUGGAUAACAACUUUUGUUAAAGAUAGCUAAACAUGACGUUAGACGGCGUCCAAAAGGGUGGAAUGAGCGCUAUUGCCGCCAAUACCACUAGAAAGGCAUACGAUAAGGAGACCUUCGCCGCUUUAGUAGAGAGUUGUACUAGGCUAUUUUGUUGUGAUGAGGAAAUAGUUAUCGUAGACUUGUUAUUGGCAGUGGAAAAGGCUAUUAAUGAGCGCGACAUAGAAGCUGAAAUAGGCAUAUCGGAACGCAAAGUACAUGAGUACCUAUCUCGACUGGAACGCCACGGAUUAGUGACAAAGGUCACUACCGGGCAACAAUAUGACAUCAUGGCAAAGCCCGUCCGUCAACCGAAAAGUGCAAGAGACCUUCUACCGCAGCAACAACACCAGAGCACAACACAGUGCCAUUGGAGGUUAAGCAAAUAUUUCAUCGUUGUUGUGCAUUAUAAGCUAAACAAGAUGGAAGAAAUAUUGCAACAGCGCAGACGGAGCCUGCACGAGUGCGACAGGUUCAUAUGUGGAAAGUGUAAUGCCGUUUAUGACAGUCUAGACGUGCAGAAACUAGAGUUGGAUGGCUUUGAUGCGCACUUUAUAUGCUACUGUGGGUCGAAGGUGGAACUUGAUGACACCGAAACCAAGGAUUCAAUGUACUCUUCCCAGCAACAACGGUGUGAAGAGCAGGUUAAAACACUGAAAAAAUGUUUAUCGGCUGCUUGGGGGAUGGACGUACCGCAGUUCCCAAUAUAUGUUAAGAAUAAGAGCAAGGGCGAGGAACAGCCACAGGAAGAUUCGGACAAUUUGACCUCGGCGCCGAGUGUAGUUGAAGCAGCGUCAAGUGUGGUCAGCAAUGGCAGUGGAACCAGCGAGACCAGCAGUACUAUGACAUCGAUGCCAGUUGUUAAGUCACUUAUGUCUGACUUCAAGAAGCAGACGAGUGACUCACUUGGAAAGAAGUUAGAAACUGGAAAAAUCAAGUUCCACAUGCACGGGAUGAUUAAUAAAAAGUCUGCAGGUACACAUGUUACAUCAGCUACCAAAUUGGUCACUGAGCAUACCAAAGCGCCCGUAGCAACAACCACACCAAAGGAGGUUAAAGUGCAAGGCAGCACGCCAGAAGUAACAACUCAAGAAGAUUCCAAACCUUCACAGGAAUCUGGAGAUGAUAUCACGUUCUAUAUCGGUAAAUUGGGGCGAUCCUUCCCACUGGUAGAAGCACAGAAUCACCAGCAACACAUGAGCAACGAAGAGUUCGAAAACUUCUUAGAACUACAGGACAGAUACUUAAAUUUUUUGUGAUAUUGCAUAUACAACUAAAUUGUG